GGAACAUCAUCAGUCUCAGUAUCGUUCUUGACUUCGACUGAGUAAUAUUGGAAUCAUGUUUACGAAUAGCUUCGGAGAAUACAAAAAUAUUUCCUGUGGCCUAGUGUCAAUGGUUGAUGCGGCACAUCCUGAUGUCUAUCCAAUUCCAUUACUAUCUGUGUAUGUGACUGCGUUGGUGCUUCAUGCUGUGGCGCAAGUUGAAAUAACCCAAAACUAUGUGAACAAGGAAGAGCAGCCGAUUGAGGCUAUUUAUUACUUUCCAAUUGAUCCGGAUGGAGCAGUGACUAAUUUUCGAGUGGAACUGGAUGACAGAAUGAUCAAAGGCGUUGUGAAACCCAGAGAGGAAGCACAAGAGGCGUAUGAUGAAGCAGUAGCGAAUAGAACGACAGCGUUCCUGGGAGAGGAGACUAAAGCUGAUAUGUUCAAACUUCGAGUUGGUAGUUUACGACCAGGCUCUCGCGUAAAGGUUACCAUCGAAUACGUUACAGAAGUGAAAAAUGAACCAGGAACAAAUAAUAUUCGCUUCUAUAUACCAACGACAAUUGCACCGCGUUACAUUUCUGCUGAGGAAACCGAUCGACAAGCGAUGGAUAUUAGGAACAUGACAUUCUCACAGUCAUCGCCAGUACCUUUGUCGAUGAGAGUGGAUGUUUCCAUCCAAGGUGGGAUUAAGUCCAUUGUGAGUCCUACACAUACAGUUACCGUAGAGAAAUCCGAAGCAACUACGUACGAAAAUGAUGACUGGCAGAAGGCUACUGUCGAAUUGUCGGGACAAACAACGGACAUGGAUCGUGAUUUUGUGAUCAUUAUUGAACCACGGGAAAAGCAUAAGCCAAGACUGUAUUCAGAGACAUCAGACAAUGGUAAUGGUACUACUGCUGUUAUGAUUCAUUUGCUGCCUAGUUUCAAAUUGGACGAACAGAAGACGGAACUGAUAUUCGUAUUGGAUAGGUCUGGAUCCAUGUUGGGUCCAAGUAUCCGUUCGGCAAAGGAAGCUCUCACACUGUUCCUUCAUUCCAUGCCUGUCGAUUGCUAUUUCAAUGUGCUAGGAUUCGGUUCCAGUCAUGAGUUCUUGUUUCCGGCUAGUGUCAAAUACGAUGACGAUAGUUUGAGGAUGGCAUUGAAACAUGCGACAGAAUUGGACGCCGAUCUGGGUGGUACCGAGAUUUUUGAGCCAUUAAAAGCAUUGUACGAAAAACCAUCGAUCGAUGGAUACUCGAAGCAGUUUUUUAUUCUCACUGAUGGCGAAGUUUACGACACAGAUAGGGUGCUCGGAAUAGUAAAGGCUAACGCACAUAAAGUUAGAGUGUUUACACUUGGUAUCGGUGAUGCCGCAUCACAUUAUUUGGUUGAAGGAGUUGCCACAGCUGGUGGUGGAACAGCCGUUUUUGUAAAUUAUAACGAAAGCAUGGAUAAGAAGGUUAUCAAUCAACUGAAAAAUGCAUUGCAACCGUCACUCUUUAAUGUCACGAUAAAGUGGGAUGAAUCGGCUACAGAUGAUGUUCCAGAGAGACAAGCGUCCGAUGUUGUUGUUGAAAAUACUUUAUUCGGCUACAACAAACCAAUCGAGUCUGAAGCUGGCUCAGAAUCGUAUCUUUCGGGUAUCAGACAAUCACCCAAGAAAGUUCGUCCAGUUUAUGACGGGUCACAGUUGUUGGUAUUAGGAAUUUUCAAAAAUGGCUGUCCGAAAUCGGUGCUUAUUACGGCGCACACGCCAGAUGGGCCACUUACUGUGAAAAUAGAGCAUUCUACUUCCAAUAAUCUCGACGGAAAUGGAAAUUUACUUCAUCGUCUUGCAGCGAUAAAACUUAUUCGUGAGCUGGAAAUGGAAGUUUCUUCAUUGCAAUCCAAAAAUUCGGAAGCAGAGAAGAUCUUGAAAAACGAAAUCAUAGAAAUUGGAUGUCAGAAUGGUAUUGCGUCUAGAUACACUUCCUUUAUUGCUAGUGACGUGAGAAACGACAAGCAAUCGAAGGAGAGCUGGGUGAUGGUAACAAGACAUGUACCUAGUCAAAUUGCACAUGGCUGGCAUGGUGGGAAUAGGAUGGGUGUGUUGGCAUUCCCAUCGCAUGGUUCAUAUGGUAGCGGAUAUAGUGGGAGUGGUAGUGUAUAUACUGGUAGUGCAUAUCCUGGAAGCGGAUAUAGUGGAAUCGGAUCUAGUGGUAGUGGUAAUGGAUAUACUGGUAUUGCAUAUCCUGGGAGCGGAUCUAGUGGUAGCGGAUAUAGUGGGAGUGGUAGUGUAUAUACUGGUAGUGCAUAUCCUGGAAGCGGAUAUAGUGGAAUCGGAUCUAGUGGUAGUGGUAAUGGAUAUACUGGUAUUGCAUAUCCUGGGAGCGGAUCUAGUGGUAGCGGAUAUAGUGUGAGUGGUAGUGGAUAUACUGGUAGUACAUAUCCUGAGAGCGGAUAUGGUGGUAUAGGAUCUAGUGGUAGCGGAUAUAGUGGAAUCGGAUCUAGUGGAAGUGGUAGUGUAUAUACUGGUAGUACAUAUCCUGGGAGUCGAUACAGUGGUGGCGGAUAUAGUGGAAUCGGAUCUAGUGGUAGUGGAUAUACUGGUAGCGGAUACAGUGGGAUCGGAUCUGGUGGUAGCAGAUAUAGUGGGAGUGGUAGUGAAUAUGGUGGGAGUGUAUACAGUGGGAUCGGAUCUGGUGGUAGCGGAUAUAGUGAGAUAGGAUCUAUUGGAAGCGGAUAUAGUGGGAUCGGAUCUAUUGGAAGCGGAUCUAGUGGUAGCGGAUAUAUUGGAAGUGGAUCUAGUGGGAUCGGAUCUAUUGGAAUCGGAUCUAUUGGAAGCGGAAUUAGUGAGAGCGAAUUAGGGACGACAGCCACAAGACCUUAUCAGCAAUCAUCAUACAACUAUCAGACUUUACCUUACAAUUAUCACUCGGUUAGUGGGAUAGCGGGCUCAUCCUACAGCGCUAAUGAAGAAGAUAAUAGCACGAGAGAUAACGCUGCAUUAGGAUCUUCGUCAACUUUGAUGCUACUCAUCAGUCUUCAAUCGUAUGAUGGAUCAUUUACCUUGAACGAAGCCCUAUCACAGAUCUUGGGAAAAACGUUGCAGGAACUCAAAGCAGGUAUUUGA